GAAGGAGUGCUCAGACACACUGAUUUUAGAAGAAAUACCCCAAAACGGUGCUCAUGGUCGUCCCUCCCUGUACCAGAUCAACACUGUGAGCUGUAUGUUCUUUUUUGGAUUCUUAAGACUGAAGAAUUUCUCUGGGUAAACACAGUGCAAAACAUCUCAGGCUCUCUGAUAGACUGCAAGGAAACUUCUGGCUUAAGUUAGUUGAAAAGAAAAGUUGGAGUCAGCAGAGUUACUAACAAACCAUUCACGAUGUCAAUCAAAAAGGAAGGUGCCCACAAGAAGUGGGCUGCCCUGAAGGAGAAACUUGGACCCCAGGAGACUGACCAGUCAGAGGCCAACCUGGAAAAUGCAGAGCCAGAGCUGUGCAUCCGUCUCCUGCAAAUGCCCUCAGUGGUGAACUACUCCGGGCUGAAGAAGAGGCUGGAGAACAGCGACGAUGCCUGGAUGGUCCAGUUCCUGGAGCUGUCCGGCCUGGACCUCCUCCUGGAGGCCCUGGACAGGCUGUCUGGGCGAGGAGUGGCCAGGAUAUCCGAUGCCUUGCUUCAGCUCACCUGCAUUAGCUGUGUGCGAGCGGUCAUGAACUCCCACAAAGGCAUAGAAUACAUUGUGAGCAAUGAGGGCUACGUCAGGAAACUCUUCCAAGCACUUGACACAACUAAUGUCAUGGUCAAAAAGCAGAUAUUUGAGCUCCUGGCUGCACUGUGCAUUUACUCAUCAGAUGGCCACUCUUUGGCUCUGGAUGCCUUGGACCAUUACAAGAGUGUGAAGAACCAGCAGUAUCGAUUCAGCAUCAUAAUGAACGAGCUCUCCAACACAGACAACGUGCCAUACAUGGUGACACUGCUGAGUGCCAUCAAUGCCAUCAUCCUGGGGAAAGAGGAGCUAAGGACAAGGACACAAAUCAGAAAUGAGUUCAUAGGGCUUCAGCUGUUGGAUGUUUUAGACAAGCUAAGAGACAUCGAGGAGGAGGAUCUGCUUAUCCAGUGUGACACAUUUGAGGAGUUCAAAAUAGAGGAUGAUGAGGAAUUAUUAAGGAUAUGCGAUGGGAUAAACAUGAAUGAUCAUCAUGAGGUUUUUUCAUCUCUCUUCAAUAAAGUGAGCCGCUCCCCAGUCUCUGUCCAGCUGCUGUCCAUCCUUCAGAGCCUGCUGCACUUGGAGCCCUCUCAUCACUCCAGCCUCCUGCUCUGGGAGUCCCUGGAUGCCGUAGUCAACAGAGCGCUUUUACUCGCCAAUGACAUCCAAGGGAACACAGUUGAAGAAGUCAUUGAGAGGCUGCUAUCUAUCAAAAAACAUCCAAACAAGCAAAAGCGAGCUGAGAACCGCCUGUCUGGGAGCGCAGCUGGAGGCGUCCAGGGUGAACCAGAACCAUGUGCUCGUGCAGCUCGGUGUCCAGUGGGAUCAUCAAACCCCACCAGAGCACCAGGGACAUCCUCAGGGCCACUGGCCAGCGAUAAGAAGAUCUCAUCCUGCCAGUUCACAGCCUGCUGUGCUCUGCCAGAGAAAUCUAACCCUCCCUCCAACACUGCUCCCAACCCGGCACCUCCAGCCCCGCCCGCUCUACCCUCUGGCACAGCAGCCACAAACCCCACAUCCCCCAUGACAAAUACACCUCCAGCCCCUCCACUCCCUGCCAUCCCUCCUCCUCCACCCCCAUUGCCUGGCAUGGGGGGUAUUCCUCCUCCUCCUCCUCCCCCUCCACCCCCAUUGCCAGGCAUGGUGAGCAUCCCUCCCCCUCCACCCCCAUUGCCUGGCAUGGGUGGCAUUCCUCCUCCUCCACCUCCACUGCCUGGCAUGGGUGGCAUUCCUCCUCCUCCACCUCCANUGCCUGGCAUGGGUGGCAUUCCUCCUCCUCCACCUCCACUGCCUGGCAUGGGUGGCAUUCCUCCUCCUCCACCCCUCCUUCCUGGCAUGACAGGAGAUCACAUAGAGGCCGUGGUGGCCUCCCAGUACAGCUGCCCCCUGGGCAUGGGCAGGCCUCCCCACAAGACAGUGAAGACACCAACACUGAGGAUGAAGAAGCUGAACUGGCAGAAGCUGCCCUCCAACGUGGUGAGAGAGAGCCACUCAAUGUGGGCUUCUGUGAGCAGCAGCAGUGAGGAAACGAUAGAGCCCAACUACAGCAGCAUUGAGCAGCUGUUCUGCUUCCCACAGCCAACCCCCAAGGAGAAGACAGCAGCACCAGUGAAGGCAGAGCCGAAGGAGAUCACAUUUUUGGACUCCAAGAAAAGUCUCAAUUUGAACAUAUUUUUGAAGCAAUUUAAAUGCUCCAAUGAAGAGGUGACUGCCAUGAUCCAGAAUGGGGACCGGACCAAGUUUGAUGUUGAGGUUCUGAAGCAGUUGCUGAAGCUGCUGCCUGAAAAGCAUGAGAUAGAAAACCUGAAGGCUUUCAAAGAAGAGAAAUCUAAACUAGCAAAUGCAGAUCAGUUCUAUCUUCUUCUCCUUCAGAUUCCCAGCUACCAGCUGCGCAUCGAGUGUAUGCUGAUCUGUGAAGAGACCACUGUGGUGCUCGACAUGAUUCAGCCCAAAGCUGAAGCCAUCCGCAGAGCCUGUGAAGAUCUUCUGACCAGUCAUCGCCUGCCAGUCUUCUGUCAACUGAUUCUCAAAGUUGGAAACUUCCUGAACUACGGAAGUCACACAGGCGAUGCCGAUGGGUUUAAAAUCAGCACUUUGCUCAAACUAACAGAAACCAAAGCAAACCAAACCCGCAUUACACUGCUCCACCAUAUUCUGGAGGAAGUAGAAAACAGCCACAAGGACCUACUGGAGCUGCCAAAGGAUCUUGAAUAUGUUUCAAAAGCAGCAGGAAUUAAUCUUGAUAUUAUACGCACGGAGUCCGGGACCAAUUUAAAGAAGUUGCUGGAGCUUCAGCGGAAAGUCUUAUCAUCAAAUGAGGAUGUGAAACAACAAUAUGAGAAACCCAUCCAGGACAGCAUCGAUGCUUCCAGAAAGCUGGAAGAAGAAUUUGAAACCAUUGAAAAGAAGAGAGAAGAACUUGCAAAUUAUCUCUGUGAAGACCCAAGCAAGUUGUCCUUAGAGGACAUAUUUAGCAUCAUGAAGACCUUCAGAGAUCUCUUCAUCCGAGCCCUGAAGGAAAACAAGGACAGAAAGGAGCAAGCUGCCAAAGCAGAGAAGAGGAAAAAACAGCUAGAAGAGGAAGAGGGGAAGAGACAGAAGGGAGAAAAUGGAAAAGUCAUCAAGAAGGGGUUGAUGAAGCAGGAGGAGGUGUGUGUCAUCGACGCCCUGCUCGCCGACAUAAGGAAAGGGUUCACGCUGAGAAAGACAAAGAACAGACACGAGUCAGAUGCAGCUCCUAAACCCUUGUCUGCAGAGAGCCCGGAGGAAAACCAUUCUGGAAAGAGCAUGAAGGAUCCACAAGCAGCAGGGAAGCAGAUUGAUGACACGACCAAGCAAAACAAGGAUGAUCAUCCCUCAGAAAGCCCUCCUCCCUCAGCCACUGCCCCAAUGGAGACGGGUGGAGGUGUUACAAAUGGUUCGGCUUCAGGCCAAGUAUUACCUAAAAACAGUGCUGGAGGAAGUUUGCCGCAGGAGUCCCAGACCAAAAGCACCUUAGUGAGCAUGGUGGAAGCUGAUGGAGCCAGUCAGACCAUGCUGGGGCCUGGGAUGGAGCAAGCAAACAACGUGGAAAGCCUCCAGCCCAGCACAAAGAGUGGCUCCUUUGCCUUCUCUGUGGCUGACAUAGGCACAAGGAUAAGCUUUGUAAGCAGCAGUUCAGCCUCUGCUCUGAGAGACCAGCUCAGCUGGACUGACGGGUCCACGUCAGGAGGCCAGGACAAGGAAUGCCCAACUGGUGGCUCAGAGAGUGCUCAGUCUGCUCCCUGCAACGAGGCCCAGCAGGUGGAGUCAAAAGAAAUGAGGAAGGAAAAUGAAGACCCAGGUACAGACUCGCUGUUGGACACCUCUCAAGACAAGUCCUUCUCAGAGGAGCCGGCCACCGACUCCUCUUGUUCAGCAACACUUCCCCCAGAGCAAGCUCACACCGACAGGGAAAAGCAGAGGCCAUCAGGGAAACGGAAGAAGAAGAAGAGGCACAGCAAAAGCUACUCAGAGGUUGAGACUGAUACUGGAGAUAAUAAAACAAAAAAAGAUUGUGUGGCACAAUGAGGUGUCAUGGCAAGACAGAAGGUGUGAGAGAACCUCUCAUGUCCCUGGAGCACUGCCAGCUUUUGAGACUCUGGGUUCUGUAUCAGUGGAAUGCCACCAUGGACAAUUUCUGCCCCACGAAGACCCACAGCCUCUCCUCAUGCAGCCUUUCACUCUCCUCCCCAGAGCCUAAAGAGCCUCCUCAGAGACUUUGGACCCCUCAGCCUGUGCCUUGCACUGGGUACCUGAGGGGGCAGGGGACAGUUCUGUGCAUAGUGGCAGUGAAAGGGUCAGACCUGUCAUGCACUGUCCUGGAAGCCAAGUCUUUCACCCUGCUCUUAGGCCAAACUCCUCUUGAAAUGACAGCUGAGUGUGGCCCAAGAACAGACUGCAGUGUUUAGUCCUCAAAGAAGUGUUAAAAACAGCAGUGCCUCAACUAAAUUAAGGGUAUAAAUUAAGCAGUGGCUAUACCAUCACAGGUGGAGGUGUGUUAAGUCCUUCUUCUCAUUGCCCACUGAUGACUUAUACUGGACCAGGUCCAAGACCCAGAUUAGACAAAUGUAUUUUUACUCUCAAGCACUUAAAGCAAGGGAAAUUGGUUACAGGGAAAAAAAAAAAAAACAAGUAAAAGUAUGUAUUUUAGUAAGCAUAUGGCCAUAUAAAUAGUGUUUGGUUCCUACAUGAAGCUUAUGUGCAAUUGAAGCACAUCAGUAAUCUCAAGUAGUCUUGUCACACAGGCCAGUGCAUCCAUCAAUUUUUGGACAACCAGGGCCCUAGUUUCUCUUACUAAAGCAAAAGAAAGAGGUUUUCCAGAGUGCUCUAUUGGACACAUUUUCAGCUUAUCCUGUAGUAAAUCUCUGGGUUUGGCUUCUGUUGUCAGCUGCUUGUACUCAAGAGUCUAUGUCCAAGCUGCAAAAUGUGUGGAAUCAUGUUACUUUGGCUUUAAAACUGGGACUGUGCAGUAUUGUGUUUUCAAAAUUCAGAGCUUUAUUUCUCAAGUUUUGUAAUAACACUGUAUAAUAAUUUUGUACAUAGCUGUCCAUUUAAAAUGAUCUAUGUUUGUUGAAUCUAUGAUGUGAUAUGUACUGAAACAUAAAUCCAGUGGAAGA